AGCUGUUCUUGUCAAAUGGUUCUGGUGGGGUGUGAUUGCUAGCUUUCUCGUGUUUUGUUGUGUGUGUAUUUUAUUGCAGAGAUGGACGAGGAAUUAAAAUGUCCCGUUUGCGGUUCUUUAUUCAGGGAGCCUAUCAUUCUACCCUGCUCUCAUAACAUAUGCUUGGCUUGUGCUCGCAAUAUUAUUGUGCAGACCACAGAAGGCGAGUCACCUCACUGCCGAGCAUCUGGGAGCUCAGAUUACGAUUAUCUAGAUGUGGAUAAAAUGAGUAUGUACAGCGAAACGGACAGCGGCUAUGGAUCUUACACCCCGUGUCUCAAAUCGCCUAACGGAGUUCGGGUCUUUCCCCCAGCACCGAUCCACCGUAACUGCUCCAUCACUUGCCCGCUUUGUCACCAGAGCGUCUCCUUGGACGAGCGGGGAUUGCGAGGGUUUCCUCGGAACCGACUCUUGGAGGCGAUCGUUUCUCGUUAUCAGCAAAGCCGUUCGGAGACCGUAAAGUGUCAGCUUUGUGACCGUAACCCUGCCGAAGCCACAGUGAUGUGCGAGCAGUGUGAUGUGUUUUACUGCAAUCCCUGCCAGCAAAGAUGCCAUCCAUCUCGCGGACCCCUCGCCAAGCAUCGCCUGGUCCCUCCGAGCCAAGCGGCCACAGGCGGCAGUCAACAGCAGACAGCCCGCAAAUUAGCCACCUGUACAGAACACGACCUGGAGAACUACAGCAUGUACUGUGUCAACUGCAAAACCCCAGUGUGCUACCAGUGCCUCGAGGAAGGCAAGCACGCGAUGCACGACGUGAAAGCACUGGGAGCUAUGUGGAAACAGCACAAGGGUCAACUAUCCCAAGCUUUGAAUGGUGUGUCUGACAAAGCCAAGGAUGCUAAGGAGUUUUUGGUGCAGCUGAAAAACCUAUUGCAGCAGAUACAGGAAAACGGCGUGGAUUUUGAAGCGUGUCUUGUUGCACAGUGUGACGGUCUCAUUGAUACACUGAACAGACAGAAGGCCAAGUUACUGACAAAGGUCACCAAGGAGCGUGAAUAUAAGUUGAAGGUUGUAAGGGACCAGAUAACCCAUUGCACAGUGAAGCUGCGGCAGACAACAGGUCUGAUGGAGUACUGUUUAGAAGUGCUCAAAGAGAACGACCCCAGUGGUUUUCUGCAGAUUUCGCAAGCUUUGAUUAAGCAAGUGCAGUUAUCUCAGGAGCAGUGGGUUAAAGGUGCCCUUGAGCCCAAAGUUUGUCCAGAGUAUGACCUGUCUCUGAACACUGAUCCAUUACUUCAGUCUAUUCACCAGCUAGACUUCAUUCAGGUGAAAUAUCCCUUUACAGUUCCCCCUGCACCAGUAUUGCAGCUGGAGAAGUGCUGCACGCGUAACAACAGUGCCACGCUGGCAUGGAAGAUCCUCACGUUCACCCAGUCUGCCGUUGAGGGCUACGUGCUGGAGCUUGAUGAUGGAAACGGUGGCCAGUAUAGGGAGGUGUAUGUUGGGAAAGAAACACUAUGUACUGUUGAUGGACUGCACUUUAACAGCUCCUACAAUGCACGGGUCAAGGCUUAUAACUCCUCAGGGGCUGGUCCCUACAGCAAAACUGUCGUGCUGAAGACCUCUGAUGUGGCAUGGUUUACCUUCGACCCCACUUCAUCUCACCGGGAUAUCGUCCUCUCCAAUGAAAAUCAAGCAGUGUCCUGCAGUAGCUACGAUGACCGGGUCGUACUGGGAACUGCAGCCUUCUCUAAAGGAGUACACUACUGGGAGUUGACCAUUGAUCGCUAUGACAACCAUCCCGACCCGGCCUUUGGGGUUGCAAGGAUAAAUGUCAUAAAGGACAUGAUGCUGGGCAAGGACGAUAAGGCCUGGGCUAUGUACGUGGACAACAAUCGCAGCUGGUUCAUGCACAACAACUCCCACACAAACAGGGCGGAGGGAGGUAUCAUGCAAGGGUCCACAGUUGGUAUCCUCUUGGAUCUAAACCAGCACACCCUGUCGUUCUACAUCAACAAGCAGCAGCAUGGGCCUGUGGCAUUCGAAAACCUGGACGGAGUAUUUAUCCCAGCUGUAAGCCUUAACAGAAAUGUUCAGGUGACACUUCUCACAGGCUUGGAGGUACCAAAGAAUUAUAAACAACUUUAAACUCCCACCACUGAACUUGGUGUCCAGGGAUCGCCAUCAUGCAUUGUAUUCAAAACACAAGCUACUAUAUACCGUAGAUGAGGCCAACCAAUGAAAUAUGAUGUCAUCAAAGUGCUCCUUCAGAUAGUCAGUCUCAAGUCCAGGGUCUUGCAUAUAUAAACACAACACAUAUUCUGAUAACGUGAAACUCUGGAUUAUCCAAACAAAUGUCAUGUCGUCAGUACAGUAAAAAUAUAAUAGGUAAUCUACUGUUGUUUUAAGAACAAUGUUUGUUCAUUCAGGCUAUAAAUAGAAGUCUGGGGCCAGUUUCACGAAGCACUGCUAGCACUGAGCAGGCUGCUAACUAGCAAGCUAUCUUAUUUUUACCUGUUUCAAAAAACAAUAUAGUAAUCCGUCGCCUAUCUGACUGGUGGGACCAGAGUAAGGGCGGAUAUGUAAAAAAGGCGGAUAAAUGAAUCCAGUUUUAAAUACCAUUAUACACAGCUGUAACAAUUGCUAUAUUCACACAAUUAUCGUUUUGAGAUUCAAAAUUAUUAUUAGGGAGCUCCCUUAAAUCCCUUGUUUAGAAAGAUACAGGGUAUUAAUACUUGUGACAGAGUAGCCGUCUGCUGUGUGGAUGCGUGCAUUCGCUGCUGAGUAACAGGUAGGAGAUCGAGACGGAGGUUGAAGUUGAUACACCCAGCAGGCAAACAGGAUUUAUUUACAGCUCAACACACUGAACAGCUCACGUGACACUAUUAAUAAACUAACGUUGCUGAAGAGAGUUAUCAUGGCGGAUAAGAGGUUUACCCCAUUUUCUCCCCAAUUUGAAAUGACCAAUUUUUUUUUUAAGCCUGGCUCACCGCUGCAACCCGUGCUGACUCAGGAGAGAUGAAGACGAGCACAUGCGUCCUCUGAAACGUGUGCCGCCAGCCAUCCACUUCUUUUCACUCUGCAGGCCCGCCAUGCAGCUACCUUUAGAGCUACAGCAUCGGAGGACCACACACCUCUGGGUGCCCGGCCAGUCUACAGAGGUAUUUAGUGUGCAGUGAGCCGAAGACACCCUGGCCGACCUAAGCCCUCCCCACCCCGGGCGACGCUCGGCCAAUUGUGCGCCGCCCCCUGGGAACUCCCGUCCACGGCCGGCAGUGGAACAGCCUGGACCCGAAACAGCGAUCUCUAGGCUAUAGGGCGCAUCCUGCACUCCACAUGGAGUUCCUUCACUGGAUGCGCCGGAUUACUGUAUUUUAAGAUACAGUAAUAAAGUUUAGUAGAAAUCCACUCUGAAAGUCGAUAUGAUUAAUGCAGCGGUUCUCAAACUGUGGGUCACAACCCCAAAUGGGGUCAUGAAUAUCUGCACAAUUUAAAAAACUAUUUUAGUUUAAGAAACCGGUACGUUCAUUUAUUAUUAUUAUUAUUAUUAUUAUUAUUAUUAUUGGCACUUUUUACUCUAAAUUUUACUCCCAAUGACUCCUUCGCUCUACCUGCCUUUGUCUGAACGUUCUGAACUGGUUACCUAGCAACCAACUUGCAUGUCAGCCAAUCAGCCUUUGUGAUUUUUGUUGUGAAGUGAGUUCAAAAUGUUGUUUUGCAUAAAUAUAUAUAUAAAAAAUGACAGUUUUCUGACAAUCGAGUGACACUGCACUUCUGUAGUGUUUAGUCCAGCCUCUGUGAUUUUUGUUGUGAAGUGAGUUCAAAAAGUUGUUUUGUAUAAAUAUCUAAAAAUUGACGGUUUUCUGAAGAAAAGUUUUGGAAACGGGAGUAAUGAAGGACAAUAGAGUGACACUGCAGCAAAAUAAGUGCUGACAACAGUAAAAAAUGAAAAACCGAAAAGCUUGUAGAUGCUUACCUGGCAGAUAUUUUUGAUCGCUUAAAUAUUCUUAACACGUCACACAAAGGACGAGAUUAAUCUGGCCUUUCUCUCACUAAGGCUCUGUCCACACUAUGCCUUUAAACUGUAUUAGUUGCCUUUAAACUGGCUUAAAAGUGCUAAAUACGGUUUGCGUCUACACUAAAUUCCACUGCAUCAUGUAGUGCAGUUUAUCAGAGGUGUAUCCUCCAAUAUCCCAAAAUGCAUGAUGAUAUGUUUGGCGAAAUACUCAGAGCAGGCAACUGAAGGCCUUCAAUGUACACUCUGCACUAGGUAUUCAUUUUUAUGCUUAAAAAAAAAUCUGUCAGGACAUCUCUGUUAAACUAGUGAGGAAAAUAACAAAAGCACAACGUUAAAUUAAGAGACUGCAAAAAUGAGUUAAAAGUAGGAUCGGGGAUGAACAAUUCACGUAAUUUGUCAGCUCUAUUUGAAAUAAAAUUAAGGGGACCACAAUUAGGCUCAGUUUGUUUAAAGGGACGUCACGUGAUUAAAAAUAAAACCUCAAAACUUCAAGCCAUACUUGUGUGUGUGUGUGUGUGUGUUCGCAUUUACUUUUUUAGCAAUAUGGACCUCUAUUAAUGUAUAACAUAUUAUUUUAAAAUAAAAUACAGUGCAUGGUGGGAUACUAUCGUAUUAAUUUCCACUGUUCAUUGCACUGCUAGGAACUGUAACCAAACUAUUUGAAUAGUAUUUGUACACAUUACGCCCAACUAAACACGAAAUGGUACUUCAGUGUGGACGCUUUGAGCUGGAUUAAUCAGAACGGUUUUCGAGUACACAUCUCGAGAUCAGUUAUGUAGUGUGGACAUGGCCUAAAUCAAAAGCUGGAUCAAGAAACUGUGUUACGAUCGCGUAAACCUGGAAGCAUUUAUUUAUAUAUAUAUAUUUAUUUUUUACUGUUGGCUGUAAAAAAAAUUGUGCGAUUGUAUUGUGGUUACAUAUUAGUUUUGUUGAUGUUGUCUUACAAUGCAUGUUUUACUUAUCAAUAGUAACCAUUCUGCAUUAACACAGGGCAGUGGGGUCACAUAGUCAUUAUUAAUGCUAGAAGGGGGGUCGCAGUGCAGCAAAGUUUGAGAACCGCUGGAUUAAAUAUGUUAUUUUCUUAAUUUAAAAAAAAUAUAUAUAUAUGGAAAUGAAUUGGAUUUAGAAGACUGCUACCUAGAAUUACUUUGUGAAACUAGCCUCUAGGGCAGUGGUGUCAACCUGGAGGGCUGUUCCUGGAGGGCUGCAGUGUCUUCUGGCUUUCGUUCCACCCGAAUUCUCAGUUGGUCUAAUUAUUUGAUUAAUUGGACAUAUUUAACACUUCUCUCCAAGCCUGAAAAUGUUUAAUAGGUAGUGUACCUUGAAACAAGUGCAUUUUUUAAAUAAUCAACUGUAAAAGACCUUGAAAAUAUUAAAUGUGUCCAACUGAACAAAUAAUUAGACCAAUUAUGUUAAUUGAGAGCUUAAGUUGGAAUGAAAACCAGAAGACCCUGCGGCCCUCGAGGACUGGAGUUUGACCCCUACUCUAGGGUGUAACAUUUUGUUUGGACAAAUGAACUUUUAGCUGGGGAAAAAGAUUUUAGGAAAAUAAAAUUCCUGCAGAGCUAAAUGUGAGGCUAAUUUUGUUUGUAUUCGAUAAACCUGUCAUUGAUUGUAUCAAAGUAUAAAAUAGAUCAACAUGUUCUAUUUAUUGCAUGAUUUGGUUUGUUCACAAAACAACUACUCCCAGCUAAGAGUUACUUGAAUUGAGCCCUUUGUCAUGUUAACUUUGUUUAUUUAUUUUGUGGUUUAACUUUUUUGUUUAAACUCAAUCAAAAAGUCACAAAAAUACAAAGGAAUUCAGAAUUGAUCUCAUCUUAAACACAUACUGUAUUCAUACAUUCUCGAUUCAGUUUCUAUAAUACAUGUAUUUUUUUAAAUCUCCCUAUUAAAGUAUAUCAUUCAAACGGUGGAAUGUAAGUUACGCUGCAGCAGAUUUGGCUUAAAUCUAUAUUAAACAAAAUUUAGUAAGUUAGUAUGCAUGUAGAAAAGUUGUAAAUAUUAAUGUUGGACUUACAGAAAACUGCAGUCAAUUUAUCGCUCAAAGCAUAGAUUUAAAGGUCAUUAUUUAAUCAGACCAAAUACUGUAUACCUCUUUGCAAUAAAUAUCUCCCUAAAGCAGUGUUAUUUAGAAACAUUUAGGGACUAUUUGUUGUAUUUCCCCUUUAUUUUACCAAACCUUCAAUUGGGCAAUGUAGUCCUAAUAUUACAUUAUAUUCGCAAUUUAAAAGCUCCUCCCGUAUUUAUUUAUUGAAAAUGAAUAAUUUAUUCAGGUUGGUGCACUCAGAUGUAAGCACUACAUUCAUGUAAGAGUAAAAACUAAAUAAAGUUUGUUUAAAAAACUAUUACCAUUCGACUAAAAAAACCUAGAGACUAACUUGCUGAGGAGAAAAAAGGGUUCAAAGUAAACUAUGCUUGUAAAUGAAUGUAUACUAAAAUCUUUGGCGUACCAGAGAAUAAUACCUGACAUUCCUAUGCCUGUAACGCGUAUUAGUAAAGACCUAAAGAUUAGUCACAUUGGCCAAUGUGCAGUCAUCAUAAUUAAUACUGCUGGACAGCUUGUACUUAAAAUAGGCCAGUUUAGAUGUUGCAGCACAAAACUGAUGAACGGCAAGUGUACAACCAAAUGCAAAAUGCGCAACACAACAUUUAUUAACUGUAGAAUGAGUAAUGUCACUGGCAUUCGUGUACCAUACAUACAGCAGUGGACAUGGACUAUGGGAAAUAACAACAUUUCACCAUUUGUUUUCUACCAACUGUAAAUAUGAGCCUACAGCAUUUCACACCCAGUGAGUUAAUCCAGUGAGAACUUGUAUGUCAUGAAUUGUUCACAUAGUCAUCAGAAAUAUUAUAAAUUCUUAAUCUGCUCCAAGGCUUUUCCAGUCUUUUAGUGUGAUACAUUAUUAGGCAAACUGCUGUGCAGCUGAACAGUGAUUUGUGCUUUAAGGGGCUUAUUUUCUUAUCAUUACUGUUUCAUUGAACAAUAUGCAUAAUGAUAUGCCCGAUGGUAAAAUGCAUUUAAAAAGUACAUUACAAACACAAAAAAACCCUCACAAAUUACAACUCACACAUUGCAACCCAUAAUAAUUUAGUGUGCCCAUUCGCAUUAUCUAAUAAGGCAUGUUGUGUGUGGUAAGUUUAACGUAAGAUCUCCAAAAGAGAAAUACGAUUUUUAGUUUUAAGAUAGUCAGCUGAGCUAAAGCAACAAGGAGGUCCCUCAAAUUCUGCAUUAGUAUGAGUUGAGGGUCAUAUCGCAGGAGAGAAAUCACAGAAGUCCUAUACCAUUAACUUUACUGUAUCAAUUGCAACGAUGGGUUCCGCUGUGUAAUUGCAGAACUAUUGUUAAAGGCUCGUUUCUAGGUCGGUAUUGUUGUGUAUCUGGUGGCAUAUCUGAGUCGGCUAUUUUUUUUGUCUGUUGGUAAUUGAUCAAUUUAUUGGUAUAAACAAGGUUAUUGUAUAUAAAGUGGAAGUAUAAUUAGGCAGAAUUGCAUUCAUUACUAAUGGAUUGAAAUUUUAAAAUGAAAUUAUAAAAUUAAAUGUGUAUGAGAUGGGUCGUCUCUCUGGAGCUGCUCACACUGGUUUAUGGGAACUCUGUUUUUCCUGUAUUUCAGAAGGGGAUUGAAUUGCAGCCCCACAACACAAUUGGCAAUUUCUGAUGAUUUUAAGUUUGGUUUUAACAAAUAUUUUUUGCUCUAGGUGUCAGUUGAAUACACCAAAUAUCCCAACUUAGAAGCGCUUUAUUGAUUAAUAGCUAUUUUAAUAAAAUACCUUUUUUAUAGCAUAAUAAAAAAUAUCAAUUUGGAUCAAAUACUGCAGUGAAAUAUGCUAUGAAGAAUAACUUUCCACUGUUAAUUGUAUACAUACUGUUCUGACGUACUGUGGAAAGAGCAUGUUGAUGAUUAAUGUGUUGAGUAAAAUGGAGACAGGUGUAAAACUGAGCAGAAAAAACUGUGAAAGGUAACCCCCUUGUCAUUACAUACUGUAGAUGUAAUUUAAGAAUAUGCAUUCAUAUUGUGUCCUGUUCUUUAAUGUAAUGUUAUGUAUUUAGCAUGGAUUCAUUAGACAUGUAACCCUAUUUUGAAUGUGAACAUUCAAAUUGUGUGCUAAGGCAGUUUAAAUACCAAGUCAUUCUGCCUCAAUGAUUGGCUGCCCCUAAAUGCUUGUUUUCAACAUUAUUUCCAGGAACUUCCCUGGUGCUCUUGCAGAAACGCCAACAUGUGUCAACCUUACAUUAACAUGAAGUUCGUUGCAUUUUUUUUUUUUUUUAGUCAAAUCCCAACCAACAGCUGCACAAUAUUUAAAAACAAUCAUCUUGGGACUGUCGAUCCCUACUUGUGAUUAAAAGAGCAGGGAGUUUACAGUUUACAAAGUCCAUGGAACUGUGUACUGUUGGACACAGUAGCAUGAAAACCAUGAAGAGUUCCAGGUGUUUGUGUGUUCACUGAAACCAUACUCUAGUCUUUUCUAUAAGCAAGUGCAUUUUUUUUCCUAACAUGUAACCGUUUUUUGUACUUAAUGUAUUUUUAGUGGUUUGUAUAUUGCUUUGCAAUGCCAUUGUUUUCAUACUGAACAGUGUAAAAACAAUGUUUUUUUUCCAAUUUAAAUUAAUAAACUGUGAUGGUAUAAAUACAUAUUUUAAA